ACGGCUCGUCGUUUAUACGUCGUUGUCGAAGUGAUACAUAUUGCUUUAAUUUGCUAUUAUUUGCUUUUAUGAUCAUCUGCUCAAGAAAGGUAAAAUAAGCGAUUGGUUAUAAUAAUUAUGAUGAUUGUACCACUGUCAAAAGAAGCACUGACUGACAGCACUGUGUAAAGAUGAUGCGUUAUUGGGGCGAGCUUCCAGUGGCUUCGGCUCCCUCGGGCCGCAGUUCUUUUGACCUGCUGCAGCGUGAGUUCCGCCAGGUGGAGAUGCAGGACCCUCCCCUGCACCAACCUUCUGCACAGCGUCCACGUCCUACUACCAUGCUGGAUAUCCCCUCUGAGCCUUGCAGCCUCACAAUCCAUACUGUGCAGCUGAGUCAGCAUGCUCGUCGUCUCCGGGGCCUUAUUGCUGCCGCCCAGCAAGGCCAGCAACCCCUGUCCACAUUAUUAGAUGCCCAGGGUGCUUUCAAACCUGAGGAUGGGGAAGCUCUACCUCCGCGGCCUGCCACACCAACGGUACCUGAUGAUCUGCUUCCAAUGGAUAGUAAAGCUCCUCGACAGCCAUUUCAACUACGCCAUAGUGACCCAGAGAGCGACUUCUACAAAGGUAAAGGUGAGCCAGUCACUGAGUUGAGUUGGCCAUCCUGCCGUCAGCUUCUUUACCAGUCAGUCGCCACGGUGCUCGCUCAUGUUGGAUUUGAGUCUGCAAAUGAGAGUGUUCUGGAGACUUUGACCGACCUGGUCCACGAACAUUACUUGCGGAUCACCAAAUUGCUGCGAGUAGCUGUUGACAGGGAGGCCUGCCAGGGCUCUACACCCUUCCCUGAUGUGGUGGAACAGGUAUUCCACGAGGUGGGCAUUGGCAGUGUCCUAGCUCUGCAGCGCUUCUGGCAGGUCCGCAUUAAAGAUUACCACAGCUACAUGCUGCAGGUCAGUAAGGAGCUCUCUGAAGAGUAUGAGAGACUUGUGAAUCCAGAAAAGGCUUUGGAGGAUUCCAAACCCUUGAAGGUUAAAGAGGAACCGGGGAGUGGCAUUCCGUUCCCUUUGAGCGAGGAGCCAGAAGCGGCUCUGGCAUCAGGUGACCAGGCCCUUCCCAUUGAUGUGCUGGGCUCAUCCAAUGAAAGACUGGCUGGAGGAUUGGAGGAAGGACAUUCCCCUCACACAUCAGGAGCAGCAGGGAAUGGCUCCCCCUUGUGGCAUUUAGCCCAGGUAAAGAUGGAACCUCAGGACAGUGAGGAGGGCCAGGUUUCAGGUCAUGGAGUUCUGGGCAGCGACGUCUUUGAAGAAGGCCCCAUGUCCACCAUGAGUGAGGCUGGCAUUCCUACAUCUCCUGGUGGUUCAGAAGGAAGUUACAUGUCCCAUUCACCAGAUUCUCUCAUGGGCACCUCGCCUUUCACUCAGCGGCCAAAGAAACGGAUGAGAAAAGUAUAGUGGUUUUGUCUUCUAAAGAAAGAGACUGAAAGCACUUCCACACUCAUUGUGAUGCAUAGUAUUACCUUCUGUUGAGACUAGAUGUCUUACCUUUGAAUGGAAGUUUUUAGUGAAGUUAAAUGAAACCGACAAAUAAAGUGCGAGUUUGAAUGCUCUCCGAGCAAAUGGCAGACGGUCACUGUUUUACUCAAUUAUUGAGCAGGACAAUUACUUGUUUGCUGUGGUAAAAUUAGCAUCUGUUUAUUGUAACGAAACAAUGGAGGGAGCACAACAUGCGGAGUAAUUACAGCCUGAUGUCUGCUUCAAAACACACAGGGACAUCAAUCAAGGAGUAAUGGCAAAUUAAUUACAGCAUGCAUAAAUCUGCAUGUUAAAUAAGCAGGCCAUUUCAUUACCUGUACACUCCCAAGCGUCACAGUGCGGAGGUAUUGUCUCGUAGCCACCUGUGCCAAAACUGUUUUCCUAAACACACUGGUUGAGUGUAAAUUUAGCUUCUCACCCUCACCAGGUUGCAAUGCAUUUCUGAGACUUGAUCAUAAGGAACCGAGACUAGAUAUUUAUCAUGCAGCAUUCUUAAAUGAUUUGGUAUGGCCUUCCAGUGGCCGCUUCAAAAACUAUAUAUAUCAGUUAGAUAAAAAAAAGGCCUUCUGUAAACCUUGACUUCACACCACAAGCUAAAACAUUAAUAAAAUACAUUUUAAUUUGCAAAUUAAUAUUUAAAUUAGUUCUAUUUGUAGCUGCACUGUGACAUUGUUGUUCCUGUAAAAUGCCUGGGUAUUCACUUUUAAGUUUACUUGUAAUUCUCAUUGUUUUUGAUAUUUCUCAUUAGAUUUUCAUUAUUGUAAUACUGCGUUUUAGCAAAAAACAUUUAUUCAAAGUACUUGGGAAAAAAAAAAAAAAUAUAUAUAUAUAUAUAUAUAUAUAUAUUUAUGAGUUCUUAAGUGAUGUUUUUAGAACGAGUUAACUACAACAUACUAUAAGCAUGUACAAUAUGGUAGUUAUGAUAUUGGAAAAUUUUUCAUUUUAAAUCUUAAUAGGCAUUGUUUUACUUUAUUUUAUUCUAGUUGUGUGUUUGUGUGUUUGUAUGUGUGUGUGAAGUGAAAUGAUUGGGCUUGUUUUUGACAGGUUUUGUAAGAAUUGUCCUGAAAUUUGUGGGAGUGUGCAGCCUUCUAAACUAACAAAAAAUAAGAAGAUAUCUUAAGCUUUGAAAUCGAUUCUUUCCACAGCUAUGGUUUUGUAAUGACUAAAAUGCCAUUUAUGAAUCUGUUUGUGUGAGAAAUUUAUACAUUUUGUAUUGAUUCUUUAUGUUUUUUUUUUCCUGCUGAGUUUCGUGGUAAAUUCCAGACAAACAAACAAACAAAAAAAAAAAAAAAAUUAUAUUUCCCAUCCUUGUGCUCAUUACAUUCCUCUCCAAAGACCUUUCUUUAUUCCAACCUCAUCUUCAAUUUAAUUGAAUGUUGUUGCCGGGUUCUGUUGUGAUGACAGAAACAGUAGGGGGCAGUACUGCUUCACACGGUCACAUUUUCAUCCACAUCCACACUGUUCCAAUCUCAUUCCAGGUGUUCGAUAUUCCACUGGGCUGUGUCUGCUUUUAUUGAGCAUCCUGCUUUGUGAACAAGCUCUAUUUGAGCAGAGAGACUAAUCCAUUUUACCCAUCUCCAGUGGCAGUUGUGAUUUACUUUUAAGUCCUUUCACUAAAUGGAAACAUGUUCAGAACUACAGCAGAUAAUUAUACCUACGAGGCUUGAGGAUGCGUACAAAUAUAUAUAUAUAUGUAAUAUAUGCUUGUGAGUGAAGUGUCAGUCUGGCUUUUACUGUCUUGAAGUGUAAUUUCAAUGUUGUGGGAAAUGUUACCUGUCCUGCAGCCAGAAAAUUUAAACACCGGUCAAAAAUAAUCUUCAUAGUUAAGAUGUGUUUACACUGUUCAUGUUAAUGUUCAGAUUUGCAAAUGAGUCAGGGUUUCAAAUGUUUCAACGUCCCUUACUUUUUUUUCACAACCAGUUACUUUGUAUUUGUAUAUGUAGUUAGUUUGCUUGUUUUACUUUUAGUUGAGAAAGGUUAAUCAGAACUGAGCUGAAUGAAAGACUUUAGAUGCACCAAGAUGGUACAUUCAAAUUACCAUGAUAUUUUUAUAAUUAAAAUAGCUGUGUUUAAAAGCUGAAUUUAUGGUGAAAAACUAUAUCACACAUGAAAAUGUACAUAAAAUUCCACCAAUCAGAGAGUACUGGUGAGUAAAUUGAGCCAAAAGAGCUUGCAGGGAACAACCAGCAACCAGUGAUUUACCACAUAUGACAUAAUCAAGUCAGUGUUGUUGCGCUGUUGUUGUUUUUUUUUUUUUUUAUUCAACAGCUUUAAAUUUAUGAUUUUGUGUUUAUCCAUUUUGUUAUUUGCAAAGAUUUAGUUGCACAGUGUGUGUGGUUGCAGUUUUUUUUCUCUUUAUAAAGCUGUUAAGUAAACAGUCUUUUACUUGUGUCUUUUUGUCUGGUUUUCAAAAAUGUUUUUGCUUCAAAUAAAAGUUUGUAAUGUA